AUGGCUCGGCGCCAUGCUGAGAGCGUGGCUCAGGAGCCGCAAGGAACCAGUCUUGUUUUCAACGAACCGCUGUCAUGGCGAGCGGGAAAGCCCAUUGCCACCGGCGAGCUGCUGAAGAGACUCGACGCGCUGUCAAACGAGCUGCGCGAGAUGGACCAGGAGGAGAUUGACAAGGACUCGUUGACCAAAGUCGCGAAGGAACUCGCAGGCCAGAACCUCUUGAGUCACAAGGAUAAGGGAGUCCGCGCUUUUACAGCUUGCUGCUUGGUAGAUGUCUUGAAGCUUUGCGCUCCCGACGCGCCGUUUACUGGUUCUCAAUUGAAGGAUAUCUUCACUCUCUUCAUUAACUCCAUACUACCAGCCCUGUCGGAUCCUUCCAAUGCCUACAAUACCCAGCACAAAUACGUCCUGAUGUCACUAGCAGAGGUCAAAAGCAUUGUGCUGCUUACGGAUAUCCCAGGCUCCGACUCUCUAACACUCCACCUCUUCAGUAACCUGUUCGAUAUCAUAUCGGGUUCUUCGAAGGCCUCCACGGGGGAGCAGAUUGCCAAAGAUGUCGAGUAUAACAUGAGCCAGAUGCUAGUGACAUUAGUUGAUGAAGCCGCGGUCUUGCCCCCGCAGGUUGUUGAUAUCAUCGUUGCUCAAUUUCUACGGGCAACGACUCCAGGCGCAGGGAAGGGUAAACACGAAGAAGCACGCGCCGAUGAGAAGCAAACUACACUUCUCUUGAAGGAGCUUCCAGAAGCGUACAACAUGGCAAAGACCAUCUGCAAAUCAUGUCCCGAAAAGAUGGCCCGCUAUGUAAGUCAAUACUUCAACGAUGUCAUUAUGGAUGUUUCCACCGGACCGCCAAAGUCGAAUGGCCAUAGGAGAGCUAGUGAUGCUCUCGAUUCGGAUGAAGAUGAAGGACCUGCUGGUCCCACUGAAGCAGACCUUAAGGAGCUUCAAAAGGCGCAUCGAUUGCUGCGCGAGUUGUGGCGCGCUUCGCCAGCCGUUCUUCAAAACGUGAUUCCCCAACUAGAGGCAGAACUGGCAGCAGAUAAUGUUCAGCUGCGCCUUUUGGCUACCGAAACACUAGGAGAUAUCAUCUCUGGAAUCGGUGCUGCAGGACCACCGCCGCCUCUCCCAAUGGAUCCUGCUGCGUACCCACCUGUAAGGCUUGAAGAUUGUCCUACAACAUCGAUUUCCAACAGCAUUCUCACUACCCCUAUGUCUCCCCAAUCAUUUGCCCAGACACACCAAUCAGUGUACGCCAACUUCCUCAAGAGAAGGAAUGACAAGUCCUCAAUCAUACGGUCGGGAUGGACUACAGCAAUUGGGCGAAUACUCGUGACUUCUGCGGGAGGUAUUGGGCUGAGCAGAGAAGACGAGAAUACUCUGGUCAGGGGGCUUGGGGAGAAGUUGAACGACGCUGACGAGAAGGUCCGCCUGGCCGCUGUAAAAGCAAUCUCAAGCUUUGGUUUCCGCGACGUUAUGACAAAGUUGGCUCCAAACGGAGGUGUCACCAAAUCUGGCUCGGUAUUGUGCAGUCUUGCGGACCGAGGCCGGGAUCGCAGACAUCCCGUGCGUAUCGAAGCCAUGACUACUUUGAGCAGGAUAUGGGGUGUAGCCGCUGGAGAAAUCGCGGCAGCCAAUGAAGUGGUAACGAAUGCUCUAGGUGCUAUUCCUUCGAAGGUAUUCGAUGCAUACUACGCCAAUGAUCUGGAGCUUAAUGUUUUACUUGAUCACGUUAUGUUCGAGCAACUUAUUCCCCUGAGCUAUCCGCCGUCGAAAUCAAAAGCAUCGAAAGCAACAAACGGGGAGUCCCAAGGCGCAAGUCAGACAAAUGGAGAUGGACCCUUUAAUGCUGAUAAAAUCCGCACUGAACGAAUUCUGCUUGUCGUCAGGUCUCUAGACACAAAAUCGAAGAAAGCGUUUUUUGCAAUGCAAGCUCGACAGCCGACAUACUCCAACGUUGUAGCCGCUUUCCUGAAGAGGUGUGAAGAUUUCAAUGGGGGCGUCAUGGAAGGUGACUCUAAAGAGACAAAGACAAAGCUUGACGGCGUGGUCAAUUGGCUCGCGGAUCUGCUUCCAGAUCCUUUACGAACGACCAACGAACUACUCAAGUAUGCCAAAUUACACGAUCGAAGGAGUUAUCAGCUGCUGCGAUUCGCAAUCGGGUCUGAUAAUGAAUUCAAGACCGUUUUCAAUGCCAUCAAGGAGUUCUCAAAGCGCAUCGAGUCAGCACCGGCAGCCCCUGCAGGCCUGUUAGAAACCCUCACCCCCAUCAUUUACCGAUCGGCGUCACUUGCCUACAACCGUAGCCAUCUCCCAUUCAUCAUGCAAUACAUGAGAAGCGACGAGAAUGGGCUUGGUGCCAUCGCACAUGAACUGAUGCAAGAAAUAUCGGAACGACACCCGCAGAUUUUCAAGGACAACGUCAAAGAGCUAUGUAAAUCAUUGGCGGAGCAAGCCCCUUCGGGAACGAAACCUAAUGAUCUGGGGAGCGUAGAGACCUUAAGAGCAUUGGCAUCAUUCGCCAAGAACCCCAAUAGUUCUAAAGAGAUACCACAUGAUCGCAAAUUUGUUCAAACCCUGAUCAACUUUGCACAGUAUGGAACACCACCCAAAGCUGCUAAGUAUGCUGUCAGCGUCUUAAUGGCUGCUUCUGACCGCAAAGAGAUGCACGCAAAGGACCUGCUGGAAAAAUCUACACAAGAUUGGGAAUAUGGAGAAGACCAUUUUCUCACGAAACUUGCGACCAUCAGCCAACUAACAUUCCUGGAGCCUAGAACUACAGACGAGCUCAACGAUGAGAUUCUUGACAUCACUACCCAGAAAAUUCUCUUGCAAGUUCGAACUACUCGCACUGAUGGUGAUUCCAGUUGGGAAACCGAUGCAGAGGUGGAUGAGGAAUGCCAGGCUAAAAGCUGGGCUCUUAGGAUACUGGUCAAUCGUCUCCGUGCGACUAAUGAUCCAGAAACUGCGAAGAAGCUCGCAGUACCUGUGUACAAGGUUCUAAACCAGCUCAUUUUCAAGCAUGGAGAACUGUCUAAUAAGAACGACACGCCCAAGUCCCACAAAUCUCGGUUGCGUCUCCUGGCGACACAGUUGAUGUUGAAAUUAUGUACGAACAAACUGUUUGACGAUCUCCUAUCGCCCGUCGAGUUCAAUCGUCUCGCGUUCGUCUCUCAGGACAUCCUCGGAGAUGUUCGGCGGGGUUUCGUUGAAAAACUCCAAAAGUAUCUGGUCAAAUCUAAGCUCUCCCACCGCUUCUACACCAUAAUAUUCCUGACAGCUUUUGAGCCUGAUCAGCGUCUGAAGAGUUCCAUCAUCACCUGGAUUCGUUCUCGCGCUAAGCUUUUCCACGAUACCAAGAAUAGAGCGCUAGAGUCAGUAUUUACUCGACUUAUAUCUCUACUAGCGCAUCAUCCAGACUUCAGUCUUGAUCCAGAGGAGCUCAGGGAUCACGCACAAUACAUCUUGUACUACAUUACUACCGUUGUUACUGAGGAAAACCUUCCCCUGGUUUAUAAGUUCGCCGAGCGAGUAAAACAAGUACGUGAUGCAAUCAGCGGCCCCGAUCCGGACAACAUUUAUGUACUCAGUGAUCUAGCCACAGUGUUGCUCAAGAAGUGGCAAGAGAAGAAGGGCUGGAUCAUGCAGACUUGGCCUGUGAAGGUCGGAUUGCCUCUCGGGCUCUAUAUAGGAUUACCGAGUCACGAAGUGGCACAGGAGAUUGCCGAGAAGCAGUACUUACCAGCGCCGGAGGUCAUGGACUCACUGCUUGAUGGGCUGGUGAGGGAUGCGGAGAAGAAGAAGGCAUGUUCUGCAUAUACCUGUUUACAAAAGCGGAAAUCCGAUGAUAAGGAUAAUGAUGCUCACCCAGCCAAGAAGCACAAGUCUGAUGCAAAGCCCAAAAGCUCACGGAACCCGACAAUCAAGAAGGAGAAGCCCGCUAAGGCUGUGAAGACACCCAAGGCCAAGAAGCCAAAGCAGGCAAUAAGCACGCCUACCUCCAGCCCUGCCGAGCGAAGGAUGAGUGGCCGCGGUGCAAGCGCCAAGAAGACGUACGAAGAACGAGAUUCCAGUGAAGACGAGAAGGAAUUGUGGGACGGAGUGGCAUCUUGGGAGUAUGAAGAUGGGAGAAUAGAGAAAGACGCGAAGGCAGCACGCGAUGCUGCGAAUUCCGAGGACGAGGUAGAAUCGUCAGGUGCCGAGGAAGAAGUCGAGGAGGAAGUUGCCACGCCUGAACCAGAGGCGGAGAAAGAGGAAGAGGUGGAACAUACACCUACACCUCCGCGAUCGAAUACGAGACGAGCUUCUACGAGGAGUACGAACAAACCCCCUCCCAAAGCCUCUACAUCGAAAGUAGUGAAGCCGAAAGCCAAACCACCGCGUGUGCAAGCUAAGGCAAAGACGCCCAACUCAAAGCCAGCUGCAAGGCCGAAGAGGGGAGCUGCGAAACAAGCUAAGGAUAUCGACGAGAUGGAUUUGGAUGAGGAUUGA